UAGAAAUCCAAGGGGCGACGGAGUUGUAAAUUUUUCCGUGUUAAAUAGGUUAAUGAAUCAGCAACGUAUAAAGUGCCGUUAAAACAUGUUUAUUUAGUUUCCUGUGGGUUUAUUUUAAGUUAGCUCUUUAUUUCAUUGUGUAAUAAUUACGUUUUAAGCGCUCGGUGCACGAGCACAAUUAAAAUGGCGACUGACCCAACGAAAAACCGCAUGCAAGUUUUUAAGAACACAGGCAAAGAUGUCGACGAAAUGCGCAGGCGGAGAAACGAAGUGACAGUCGAGCUGAGGAAGAAUAAAAGAGAGGAAACCCUUCAAAAGCGGCGAAAUGUGCCAAUCGGUGACUCGACGGACGAGGACGAGAUCGAGAGGACGUUGGCGUCGACCGACUUGAAAGAGCUGGUGAUGAACGCGGCAAAUGGCGAAAACCCCGAAGUACAGCUGGCGGCCGUGCAGCAGUGUCGCAAGCUGCUCUCGUCAGACAAGAACCCGCCGAUCGACGAGCUCAUCGCCACCGGCAUCCUGCCCGUGCUCGUGGUGUGCCUGUCGCGCGCUGACAACCCGACACUGCAGUUCGAGGCGGCCUGGGCGCUCACCAACAUCGCCUCGGGCACCUCCGCGCAGACUAACAAAGUCGUCCACGCGGGCGCCGUGCCCUGCUUCCUUCAACUCCUGAUGUCCCCACACGAGAAUGUCUGUGAACAAGCUGUAUGGGCGCUGGGUAACAUCAUUGGUGAUGGUCCAGUGCUCCGAGACUUUGUUAUCGACUUAGGAAUGGUGCAGCCUCUCCUGAGCUUUAUCAAGCCUGAUAUCCCUAUUUCGUUCCUGCGCAACGUCACCUGGGUGAUUGUGAACCUGUGUAGGAGUAAGGACCCACCGCCGCCAGUCAAGACCAUCCAGGAGAUCCUCCCCGCACUCAACAUACUCAUCAUGCACAGUGACAUUAAUGUUCUAGUAGACACAGUAUGGGCAAUCAGCUACCUAACAGACGGUGGCAACGACCAGAUACAGAUGGUGAUCGAGUCUGGCAUAGUGCCCAAGCUGAUCCCGCUGCUCUCCCACAAGGAGGUGAAGGUGCAGACGGCGGCGCUGCGGGCUGUGGGCAACAUAGUGACGGGCACGGACGAGCAGACUCAGGUGGUGCUCAACUGUGACGCGCUGUCACACUUCCCCGCUUUGCUCUCACACCAGAAAGAAAAGAUAUGCAAAGAAGCAGUAUGGUUCCUAUCUAACAUCACAGCGGGCAACAAGAAGCAAGUCCAAGCGGUCAUCGACGCCGGCCUCCUCCCCAAGAUCAUCGAGAACCUCAGCAAGGGAGAGUUCCAGACGCAGAAGGAGGCCGCCUGGGCUGUCUCCAACCUGAGCAUCAGCGGGACCAAGGAGCAGGUUGCUACACUCAUACAGUGUGGUGUCAUACCGCCUUUCUGCAAUCUUCUUAGUUGCAAGGACACGCAAGUUAUCAAUGUGGUGCUCGACGGCCUCAGCAACAUGCUGAAGAUGGCUGGCGAAGGCGCAGUGGAAGUGGCCAACCUCAUCGAGGAGUGCGGAGGCCUGGACCGCAUCGAAGCCCUACAGAGCCACGAGAAAAACGAGAUCUACAAGAUGGCCUAUGAUAUCAUUGAGCAAUACUUUGCUGACGAGGAGGAGGAUGCGACGCUGGUGCCGGCGGCGGCGGACGGCGGCUUCACCUUCGACCCCGCGCAGGGCGGCGCGCACGACGGCUUCCACUUCUAGGCGGACACGCCCCCGCCGCCCCGCCCGAGCACCGCGUCCCCGCCCCCACCCCGGCCGCGAUGUUGCCCGCUCCGGCCACACCCUGCUCUACUCGCGACUCUACAUACUUCCUUUGACUCGCGGCAAAAUACCGACGAAAUAGGGAGCGGUGGGCAUGAUAGGCCGGCCACACUACGUCUCUGCCUACUUCCCAUGCCGCUCGUCGAGUAUGUGGCCGGGGUAUUAGUGCGAGUGAGUCACGUUUACGAGCUGUAGCUUGAUCAGAGAUCGCCGAAACUGAGAGCUGCUGCGAUGUGUACGUUGUUACAGAUGUAGUGCAUAAUUAUUUUCCAUCGUAUUUUCACGGUAACGUCAGGCCUAUGGAACUCUCCGCGCGAGCUCGGAUUUAUACCUACGACUCGCUUCCCGCCGGCGGGACUCAAGCUAGCCAGUUGCGCGCUAUGCCAAAGAAAUGUCUUCGUCACAAACAAAUAACACAGCUUGUAGUGUGGAUGGAUGCAGAAACAACAAAGCAAAUAAAAAAAUAUAGUUUUCCCCUCACUAGCUCGGAAAGCCGUCUUUUAUCCUUUAAAACAAGCGGGGAAAAACGCAUUUUAUCCACUAGUGGGGAAAGUAAUCUGACCUUGGAUAGAGCGUGUUUAAGUAGCUUUUGACAGAUAACAAAACGUAAAACGCUCAUAAAAAUGGUUCGUUCGAUAUUAAUUAUCAUUAAAUAAAUGGUUUGAGAAUUUAAUAAAAAAUACCAAAUUUAGCUUUAUUUAAUUAUUUUAAGUGAUAAACCUUAAAUUCCAUAAGAAACAUUAGUUUUUUAAAAUGAUGUUGAAUGUAAUUCUGAACGCACAAGUUGAGUCGAUGCAAUUUCAAAACGCAUAGUCAGAAAUGUCAACAUUGUCAACAAAAUUUUUCUCGCCGACUCCGAUACGUAAAAAUACACAACAUCCAGAGUUUUCUGUUAUAAUAUCGUAUUGUCGUAAAAAAAAUUAGUGAUUCCAGUGAUGAAGAUGAUCUAACGCCUGUGGAUGUUGCACUUUCCUCGCUAUAGUGAGGGGAAAAGUUUUGUGUUACUCACGAGUGCAAAUGUAUUUUACUUCUCGUGUGUUGAAACCACUCGCUACGCUCAGGAUUCUAUUUUAGAACAACUCGCUUCGCUCGUGGUUCAACUAUAGAAUCCUUUCGCUUGCUCGUGUUUGAAUUCCACACUCGCGGGUAAAAUACAACUUUGCACUCUUGUAUAACAAAUAACUAUUUUUCCUAUUUCGACAAAUGAGGAAAAGUAAGUAGACAUUCUCAAUAUACCUACUGUUAUUAUUUUUACGAUAGUUACAAGCUACGUAGGUACAAUUAAAUUGUUUUAAAGAUGUAGGUAAUGUUUUUACGACACAUUUAUAGCUAGAUAUUUACCUAAGACCUAAGACACCUGAGUAUUUGAAAGAAGCGUCGGCAACCCUAGCGUUGUGCCGGCGCGCGCGGUGCGGGAAGCGGCGCGUUGAAGGCCACUCCAUUGUAUUUUUGUGUAGGUAUCAAAACGGUAGGUAUUUGCGUUUUCUUUGAGAGAUAAGUAUCUGUUCGUAAGAUCUAUUAUAUAAUCUGUGGUAACGUACGAAUGUGUCUUGCUAUUUCAGUCAGUCUCGGUACAAAAAGUACUGCGGUUGACUGAAAUAGCAUGACAGAUACGAACGUUUUCAAGAAAAUACGAUGAAAAAAAAUUGUUCACUAAAUCUAUACAGUCGUUGCAACGUAACACUUGAUAUGUUACAUAAUUUAGCAGUUAUGAGUUGACCCUAUUGAGGUAAUUGAUUUAUAAAGCAAAGACUAUCAGGUAGGUCUUAGCUUUGUUUAUAAAAAGGUCAAUUCUUGCUUUGCGGGUGAAAUGUAUUCUAUAACGUAAUUUUUGCUCGAACCGCAAUACAACAAAUACGUUAGGCGUAACUAUCACAACAGCAUAUUUUAUCCCGUAAUAUUUUAACCCUGAACAUCGUAAAUUAAAAUCGCGUGAACUUUACACACGAGUAUAAUUCAUGAAUCUCAUGUGAUACAAACUACACGCUGGCGCACACGUGACUCACAAACGGUUGUGACUUUUUUUGUAAUCAUAACUUGAAUCAUAACGUUUUAUGAAAUGGGGGCCGGGGUCGAACGAAUACAAAAAAGUCACACACAAGUCGUAAUAAGACUAAAUACUUGUAUAUAAGUCUAGGAAUGACGUUUUGAUUUAAUCCCGUAGCCUUUGCUCUAUGACACGAUUGAUUUAUGACGAAAGUAAUGCUCUCUCAGACCCACAUAUAGCGGCGUCCCUUUCGGUAACAAUCGCGUUAUUUAGCACGCUUAAACAACUAAAAACCCUAAAUAAUCGUGAACGUAUCUUUAGUUGAAUUUGAAAACAACUUCCCUGUUGAUAUUAAAUAUUUGUGAUUUGUAUAUAGGUUAUAAAUAUGUAUUCAUUUUCAUCUCGACUCCAACUUAGCUCAGUAAGUGUCUAAUUUUCCUUUUAAGUUGGAGAGUCUGAUGGCAGUCGCUUCCUUAAAAACUAGUUCCUACGCCAAAAGCUUAAGAAUAGAUAUCCAAUCCUUGAUUAGAAUGGAAUAAGCAUUAAAUUAAAUUUAAAAAAGUUUUAGUAAGAAAUGCAAAUCCAUACUAAUAUUAUAAAUGCGAAAGUCUGUCUGUCUGUAUGUUCCCUCUUCACGCUUAAACCGCUGAACCGAUUUAGAUGAAAUUUGGCAUAGAGAUAGGUUGAGUCCCUGAGAAGGACAUAGGAUAGUUUUUAUCCCGAAAAUCAUCCCUUAAGAAAGUAAAAAGCGGGGUGGAAUUGAGAUAAUUAACGAAGUGCCUGCUAAUUUGUGUGCAUAAUAUGCUCAAAUUUAGAUUGCUAUGAGAUUUUCUCCAGGCGCUAUUCUUACUCUAGCUGCGGUUACUAAGUCCACGCAGACGAAGUCGCGGGCAAAAGCUAGUAUAGUUAUUAACUUAUACGCAUGUGAUUCUAAAGUAAAUAGGUAAAUUUUGUACAAUGAUUUUGUAGUUAUUGUAUUUAGCAGGGAGGUUGUUUAGAUGCACGUGCCUUCGUCCAUCGUCGCAGGCAGCCUUUAUAGCGUUUCAUGGACGGUUGGUAUCAGUUUGUUUGAUGCCCUAAUACUAAUAUUUUGAUUGUAUAAAUAACGAGAUAAAGUCAGCCACGACUAUUUAAUGUGGCUUAAUUUGAUAUGGAAUUAAGAUGUUUUUUGUUGAAUUGGAUGUAUAUUUUGUGGUGGCUAACUGUUCUAAAAAUUCUAAAAUACUUCCUAGUUACGGAAGUUACCGUUAAUUAUUUGAAUCAAUUAUGUUUCCAAUUAUUUUUAUGUUUACGUUAGAACAUUUAUUUAAAAAAAAUAUUCUCGAGAUAUUUUUAAGUGAUUUGAAAAAAGGGUGUCAGACAAACUACCACAGCAUCUAAUACCAAAAUAACCCAACGAUAAACUUACAUAAUUAUCAUGUGAUACGUCAGACCACAGACAAUAAUAAAAGUCAGAAUGAUGAUUUUUUUAAUAGAUGACGCUAUAUAGCUUCAUGAAUUAUUUUUUAAAUUUCCUUUUAUUGUCUAUGAAAUGGCCAAUGAUGUAAGUAUAUCGUGAACUAAUGUACACGUUCGUAUUUAUUUCGCCACACUCGGGCGGCGGGGCUAGCUAUAAGUAAACUAAGCGACUUCACGCUCGGCGGCGCAAAAAGGCCCUAGCACCGACAUUGUAUAAAAGAGGGAAAACUAAGUGUUGUACCUAUGGACGGUUUUAUAGUAUAAAUGUUUUGAACUGAGCUGACUAAAGGAAACUAUUCAGUGUUAAAAAACUGGAAAAGGCGCCAUAUAAAAAAAAACAUGUUUGUCUAUUAUCAACUCUAUUGUGUUAGCCAGUAGAUACAUAAUGAAAAAUAAGAUAUAAAAGGCAGUCAACACUCCCAAGUACAUUCCAUUAUGUAUCUACUGCCUACGGCUAUAGACACGAUAAUUGGCAAGCAUGACAUGGCGCCCGGAACCUUUUUUUAUUAUACUGAAUAGAUUUUAUUCAUUAGCUCAGUUCAAAAAAAUUUGUCUAUAUCUGUCUCAUUGAUAUCUUGUAAAAUAAAAUCCUGAACACAACUAAUUUUUUCGUCGUUAAUAGAACGUGCAAAUAAUGUAAACGAACCAUUUUACCUUCAUUACUUCGUAAUCUCGCUCUUUAAAAGGACAACCAUGUCCUUAUCAACAGUCUAUAUACUAUAUAGACUACUUAUAUUUUAUUUAUAUAAUUUUUUAAUUAAAUUAAAUGUUAAUUAUUAUUAUUAUUUUAUAUUUAUUAAAACUAUUGCACAAGCAAAGAAAAAUGUACAAAUGGCGGACUUAAUGCCAAAAGGCAUUAUUAAUAUUUUUAAUAUUUCAGGGAAAAUAACCUUCGUAAAAAUAUUAGUUCGUAAAAUCCGUCAUAUUUGUUUACAUUAUUUGCAAAUUCUAUUGACGACGUUAAAGCGUAACACACCAUCGCAACGCACCAAGGUCAUUGUGCGAGGCACCCAUAAGAGAGCGAGAAAGCGAUAUCGCUUUCUCGCAAUCACAAUGACCUUGGUGCGGUGCGAUGGUGUGUUACGACCUUAAAUCUUGCAGCAAGUUGGUGUUGCCACACAUCAAAAAAUUCAAACGGAUACAUUUCAUUCGUUGCGUUCAGGAUUUUAUUUUACAAGAUAUAAAAUGGUGUUUGUCAACACUUGCCCCUAUAAUUGAUGUAGUUUAAAUUUGGCUGCCCACGGUGCUGCGGCUUCGUUGUGAUAACUCUAAUGUGAUGAUCUAUUGUUUUUUUGUCAAUUUGUUUUAUCGAUUUCGUAAUUUGAUGGACAAACACGAAAACGGGUCUUACAGAGGUCUUUUCUGUGACUGAAAAUUAAGUUCACUGGAGAAAAAAAAUAAGACACGCUCUUAUAGCUAAGAUUGUGUUAAAUAUUUGUAGUGGCAAAAAUACUUAAUUUUCGGUAACAGAAAAGACAUUUCGUUUUUUUUAUGUCUGUAUGACUCAAAUAGCUUUAAUGAAAGCGUCGUGAGUUACUCGCGUAUGCAUCGACAGCUUUUGAUAUAACAUAGUAUUUAUGUUUCAUUUUAACUCAGAACAUAAGAGCGUAUGCUCUAUGAAAUUAUGUUCAGUAUGACAUUGUAUCUAUAUCAAUAAAUUCUGUCCAAUUUAA